AUGUGCCAAUCGAGCCGCCACAGGCUGAGAACUUUGCACGAUGGCAUUCUUGUUGGGAUCGAAACUGCUCAUAACGAUGACCCGCAGCUAAACACACGGCAUCUCCCUCCUUCUCAAGAAGAGCCACACCAUUCUCCCCGUCCUAUAAUCCUCGACGGUCGGUUGCGGCUUCCUACAACAUGCAAACUGCUCAAGAACCACGCGGCUGGCACUGGUCGUAGACCCUGGAUUAUUGCCAUUGAGCCACCAGAAGACGAUGCGAGUUGGCAGGCCCGUUUUGACGCCUUAACCUUAGCUGGCGCCAAGAUACUAUUCAUUAACCGGGGCUCUGACCGUACCGACGCAGCGCUCAGUGUCUUGCAUUCACAAGGCAUCCAAUCUCUUAUGGUUGAAGGGGGCGCACGCGUUAUAGAGUCCUUUCUGGCGUCUCAUUGCGUGGAUACCCUGCUGAUCACGACUGCGCCGGUGCUAGUUGGCGAAGGCGGCAUAGGGUAUUCAGUGCCGCGGGGAAACAAUGGAUUCAAGCAGAAUAGACGAAAUGCGAUUGCCCAGACGCCACCAGUCCAGGAACCUGAACUCGAUGUUGUUGACAACGAUGACGGGGAGAUCGAAGAUGAGGCCCCUGGAGUCGAAGGCACUGAGGCCGCGAAGAAGAAAAAGAAAAAGAAGAAACCCAAGAAAAAAUCGGCUAAGCCGGUCCAAAGUGACCCGCCUCGUAUUGGGUUGUCGCAGUUCUUCCCGGAUGGGAUCUAUCCAGAAGGAGAGAUCCAGCAUUACAAGGAUGAUAAUCUUUGGCGGGAAACGAGUGAAGAGAAACGAUAUCUAGACAAAAUGACCCACGAGGAUCCGGAAACAACCUAUCAGAAUAUUCGCAAAGGCGCCGAGGUCCACAGACUGGUUCGACAGCAUGCCAGGAAGAAUAUCAGACCUGGAAUGUCUUUGACAGAAAUAGCGGAGAAUAUUGAGGCGGGCACGCGAGCCCUCGUUGAAGGGGAUGGAUUGGAAGCCGGGGUCGGCUUCCCAACUGGGCUCAAUCUGAACAACUGUGCGGCCCAUUUCACGCCUAAUGCGGGAGAUACGACCAUUCUGCAGAUGGGCGAUAUUCUCAAAGUCGACAUCGGCGUUCAUAGCAAGGGAUUCAUAUUGGACUCUGCUUUCACGAUGUCGUGGGCGCCAGAAUACGACCAACUCAUAGAAGCAGUCAAAGCCGCUACAAAUACCGGAAUUCGUGAAGCCGGCAUUGAUGUUCGACUGGGUGAGCUUGGAGGUCUAAUUCAGGAGACGAUGGAGUCGUACGAAGUGGAGAUUGGUGGUAAAGUUUAUCCCGUGAAAUCGAUAGAAAACCUGUCCGGGCACACAAUAAAACCUUACCAAAUACACGGCGGUUCGAAUGGAAAAUCGGUACCACUGGUGAAGACGAACGAUCAAACCAAGAUGGAGGAAGGGGAUUACUUUGCCAUCGAGACCUUUGGGUCAACAGGGCGUGGAAAGAUAGUGGAGAGUGGUGACUGCUCGCAUUAUGCUAAAAUUUAUGAUGCUCCCAAUGUGCCAUUAAGACUGACCUCGGCCAAGUCCCUUUUGAAGACGAUCAACAAGAAUUUUGGCACCCUGCCCUUUUGUCGUCGGUAUCUAGACCGGCUAGGGGAGAGCAAGUACUUGCUUGCUCUGAACCAUCUGGUCGCACAGGGAAUUGUUAGCGAUUACCCUCCGUUGUUUGAUCAGAUUGGCAGUAAAACGGCGCAGUUUGAGCAUACAAUUAUUCUGAGGCCAACAUGCAAAGAGGUAGUGUCGCGUGGGGAUGACUACUGA